AUGAAUCCCCUGGGCAUAUUCAACCUUGAGCUUGAGGAGAUACGGUUUUUGCACUUGGAUUCCUACAUCUGCUGGGGGACCCAUGCUUCACGCCUUCCUGCUGUCUUGUCUGGAAACAGAGCUUCGGUCUCCAUCAUCAGCCAUCCAGCGGGGGAUUCAGACCUCCACAUGGAGACCUUCCUCUCAGAGACCCCAUUCCGUCACCUCCACCAUGUGGAACCAGGAAAUGAUUCAGGAAUUUCAGAGUUUCUUCUUCUGGGAUUAUCAGAGAAACCGGAAUUGCAGCCAGUCAUAUUUGGGCUUUUCUUCUCCAUGUACCUGAUCACCGUGUUUGGAAACCUGCUCAUCAUCCUGGCGGUCAGCUCAGACUCCCAUCUCCACACCCCCAUGUACUUCUUCCUCGCCAACCUGUCCUUUGUAGACAUCUGUUUCACCUCCACCACAGUCCCCAAGAUGCUGUGGAACAUCCAGGCUCAGAGCAAAGUCAUCACCUAUGCAGGCUGCCUCACGCAGAUGUACUUUUUCAUACUCUUUGCUGGAUUCGAUGACUUUCUCCUGGCUGUAAUGGCCUAUGACAGGUUUGUGGCCAUCUGUCACCCGCUGCACUACACGGUUAUCAUGAAACCUUCCUACUGUGUACUGCUCGUUCUGGUGGUCUGGGUGAUGAGUGUCCUGAAUUCCUUAUUAGAAAACUUAACGGUGUUGUUGCUGUCCUUUUGUACAGAGGUGGAAAUCUCCCACUUUUUCUGUGAAAUCAAUCAGGUGGUCCAACUUGCCUGUUCUGACAUCUUUCUUAACGACAUGGUGAUGUAUUUUGCAACUGUGCUGCUGGGUGGUGGUCCCCUGGCUGGGAUCCUUUUCUCUUACUCUAAGAUAGUUUCCUCCAUAUGUGGGAUCUCAUCAGCUCAGGGCAAGUAUAAAGCAUUUUCCACCUGUGCAUCUCACCUCUCCGUUGUCUCCUUAUUUUAUUGUACAGGCUUAGGAGUGUACCUUAGCUCUGCUGCUCCCCAGAGCUCCCACUCAAGUGCAGUAGCCUCGGUGAUGUACACGGUGGUGACGCCCAUGCUGAACCCCUUCAUCUACAGCCUGAGGAACAGAGACAUAAAGAGGGCUCUGAAAAGAAUUGUUGGGGUUCCAGUGAUGUAA